AUUGUUUGGUCUUUGGUAUUGGCUCUUGUGAACCGGUACACGAGGACAGAACCGAAAAGCUUCUCUGGACUGUCCUACAAGUAUCGAGUCAUUUAUCAGGUUAUGAGCUUGACCUUGAAUACUUUUAAUUUAAAGGGUAAACUAAAGAAGUUUCGAGUAGAUUUAUUUGUUGUUACUGAUCAUGUGUGACAUUCAAACUUCGUUCGGCAUAACAGAUCAGUAACCAACAUUUCCUGUGUCAACUAAAGGUCAUGUGCCUGAUCGCAUUCAAGUAAAGCAUUGUUUUUGAUGGCGGCAACAGGAGAGGCAAUUCUGUUACAAUAGCUGGCGUGUCGGACUUGUAUGUAUACGUGAUCAUGUAGCGAUGACCCAUCUUGUUUGCAUAGACUCGUUGAUCGAACAUGACUCGUGAACCUCCACACGGAUUUCCAGCGGCACAAGUUUUAGUGGAACUCGCGGUCAAUCAGCCUUUUAGAACUGACGACAAAAACAACCGUGGCAGUUUACACGUCUGUUUUGAUAAGAAGAUAAAACAGACGGCCUUUAACAACUUUUUGUUGAGUCAUACGCCUUACAGCUGUUCCCUAGGAAGACAGAAGGAUUCCAGAUCGAAUACAAAACAAAGAGCAAAACCCAACAACAAAGAUCGCCCUCCAGACACUUCUUCGGGAUUCUGUCUUCCUAAGAUACCUAUUGCUUCUGAGGAGUUACUUACUGGACAGAUGUUUUCAUCAGAGGAUAACUUGAGCAAACGAGUCAAUAGAUGUUUCAUCGACUCUCACAACGAAGACGAAGAGCCUGUAGAUUUUCUGUCAUGUAAAUCAAUCUUAGAAAAUCAAAAGUGCGAAACAAACAGUUCACGACUUUCAGUGAAAUCCAAGGAGACAGGAUUAACAAGUUUACCUCUAAUCUCAAAGAAAGGGGAUUGUUCUUCUUUUCGGAAAACUUGCGAUAAAUACAAUGAUUUGUUACAUCAAGAAGAACUGUCGAAUGUUCAGAAUUACUACUCAAAGACCAAAAGCAUCGCUAGUAAUCGAAAGCGGAAAGAUUUAUCGCAGGACCAAGAAAUUACUACGGUGAUGGAAGAUGGGGCUCGAAUUACAGUUUAUCAACGGAGACUUACUAUUGAAGUUUUUAUGCCAAGGACAUCGUAAUAAUCAAAUUAAAGGAACAACCAAAGAUUUAUGUCAAAAUUUGAUUAAUCCAUUUGAGUGAAAUUCGUAAGAACGUGACUCAAGGAAAACAGAAAGCCAAUUAUAUGCUAAUUUAUUUUCCGUGCCCAAAAUGUAGCAAAUUACCCGUGAAGUGAAAAACAAUGACUCGCAUAUAUUUUUUUAAAACAGGAUGCAUUUAACAGAAGUGGCGUUCAAGGGACAAACAGUAAAUUAUUUCAAAAAAACCUUUCAUAAGCGAAAUUUGAUUCCAGUCAUUUGAGCCUGUUAUAACUGUACAAGGGAACAAAACGAAAAGCAUCAGACAGUCUGAAUAGCAAUUCGAUCUCUACAAUGUCUCUAUUUGACUACUAGGGUAAAAAUGCUCACCAGUGGUCAGGAACCGGGUUGAAACUCGAUAUGCAGUUCUCCUGCAAGAGCACCUAAAUUUUCAGGGAAAGUUUACCGAUGUAAUACCCCUCUAAAGUACCUGUCUACUUUUCUAUUGAUAAAUUACCAAUUUAGACAAUUGGCACUGUAUAAGUACUUUGCAGUAUGCUUCUAUUCUUUAUUAAACCCCAUCCUCGGAGACCCAGGGGCUGUGAGUCGAUUUCAAGCUCUUCCGCCCUAACUUGAAAUCGACUCACAGCCCCUUGGUCUCCGAGGAUGAUUAAACCCCUAAUCAAACUAUAAAACAGGACUUCGUCUUCAGAAUAAGUUCAUAGAGUACAGCAACUAACUCUGAGGCUAGUCUUGGUUUAAAGGUCAGCUCUAGGUGUUCCCUUCAAUUUUUUUUCCUUGUCUUCUAUUAGAUUUUGUUUUUUACAUUGCCCUAAGAUCAGUGAUUCUCCAAAAGAGUGAUUCAGUUCAAAUUUAUUGUAGCUCCUAAAAAAAUUGGAUUUUCAAUACACCUGCAUACAUUUGUACUGUGUAUCUUAAUGACUGAAUGUAAGCUAUGUUAAUGAGGUGCAAAACUUUCACAAUUAUGUAACUAUUCUUUCUGUGAAAAUGUUGUUCCCAACAUUAACUCGACUUCAAACUCGCUGAAACCACAUGGUGACUAAAAACAUCACCUGAACAAGAACAACUCAGUUUCAUCAUGACAUUCAAAAUUCAAUCUAAAGUUUAUGGUUUAAGAAUAACUAUCUCAUGAUGAGCAAUAUACACCAAAUAAACAACAAAUAACUGCUGUGAUGACAUUGCUCCUAAACAAAUAAGAACAAUGAUAAAUAUUCAAGAACAGCUGAAUUUGUAAGCUGCUUCAUAGAAAACUCUUAAAAAAGACACUAUUUUAAAGAGAGUAGACUCUAUUUGUAUGUACAUAUACUUAAUAAAACAUAACAUAACAGCUGUACCAUGAAGAAAA